GGCACAUAUCAUGCGUGAAUCGGAACUAAUCUAUCGACGCCGGCUUUAUCCCGCCAUUUUGGCAUUGUAGUUUCCGGUUGACAAAUUAUGCAGGAUUUUGUGAUAUUUUAGCGUGGAUUCAGUGGUUCUCGUGUUUUUUACACCAAAAUGGAUUGGCAAUUAACUUGUCGAGUAUGUCUGGAAACUGGCGAUAUGGUAUCUUUAUUCGAUUGGGAUGAAAAUAACGAACAACUCGGUGACAAGUACACUUACUGCUGUGGCGUGGAGGUGACGAAAAAUGAUUCUUUGCCCACGCUUAUCUGCCUGAACUGCGUGGACCGUUUAACAUUCGCGUUUCAGUUCAAACAACAGUGUUUGUCGUCUAACGACACUUUGAAAGAAUGUCUCGAGGAGUUUAUGAAAAGCUCUGCCGCUGUGACGGCUUCUUCGUCCAAAAAAACCAUAACGGAAACGGAAACAAUAAGCAUAAAGCAAGAAAACGGCCUGCUGUUGCAAUAUGAGCUGCCCGUGGAACAUGACCCUCAGAUCCAGUGGACGCGAACACUGACCAAGACUCCUAACAAUGCUGUGGUGACUAAGGCUCCGAAGGCCAGGGGCAGGGGACGGCCGAGGAAGUAUCCUAACAAACAGGGACAGAUUGAUGUAUCACCAUACCAACGCAAGAAGCUAAAGGAGCCUCAGAAAGAGCAGGAGUCCCUCACGUCACUGCUGGCUUCCGGCUCCCUGGACCUCAAGCAGGAGCCUGGGGAAGAUGAGGAACCGUUUGACAGUGCUGACUUUGCUGGAGGUGAUGAUCCUGAUUUUGAACCUGAUGAGGAAGCGGAUUCUGACGGAGGCACGAAAAAAGCGGUUACAACACCACGUAAGCGGGGUCGACCGCGCAAGGUGGUAGAGAAAUCUGAAGAAGGUGACGACGGCGAGGAUAUGCUGCUGAAGGAGACCAUCAUGGCCUUCUCCGAGCCCAUCCCGGACCAUAUCCUCAACCCCAAGCCACGACAGAAGUACACCAGCAAGAAGCGAUAUGUCUAUGAAAAAACGCACACUUGCGAGACUUGCGGGUCGUCGUUCACGUCCAACGCGUCUCUGCAGGCGCACAUUCGACGCCAUUUGGGCAUCAAACCGUUUGUCUGCAGCGUAUGUGGCUACUCGUGCGUGAUGAAAGAAGCACUAAAGCGGCACAUGCUUCGGCACACCGGCGAGCGGCCCUACAAGUGCCGGAUAUGCGACCGGCGCUUCGGAGACUUCGGCACUAGGCAGAAACACGAGAGGUUGCACAUGGGCGUCCGUCCCUACCAAUGCUCGCUGUGCGGCAAGGCGUUCACCUACUCGUAUGUGUUGGCUAACCAUAUGCUCACACAUACCGGCGAGAAGAAAUAUUCUUGUGAACCAUGCAACAAGAAAUUCACAAAAGCCCACCAUCUCAAGUACCACAACAAGGUGCACCACCAGGAGCUCUACAUCCAGCAACAGCUCGAGCUGGAAGCCAAGAAGAUCAGACAGCAGAUCAACGUGUCCGGUCUAUCUGGCGUACUCUCCGGACAGAUUGUGGAUGGAGCGUUGCAGCUCAUACAGACCCCAGAGGAAGAUGGAGAGCAGGAGCUACAAAUGCACGUGGUGGAGGAGGCCGAGAACGAAGACAGCGAGGCCAAGGAGACCGACCGGGCCGUCGCGGGCAUGCAAGCGGUGGUGUUAGACAGCGAAUUCUCUAUGGAAGAAGACGACAAGACACAGUAAAUCAUAGAACCACUGUUAAUAUUAAAUAAUUUGUUAGUUAGACAUAAUAAAAUAAU